AUGAGCACUCCUACACGCCUUCAGCACUCCCUACACGCCCUCAGCACCCACUACACGCCCAGCACCCUACACGCCCUCAGCACUCUACACGCCCUCAGCACCCACUCACGCCCUCACACGCCCUCUCCCUACACGCCCUCAGCACCCACUACGCCCUCAGCACUCCCUACACGCCCUCAGCACGCCUCAGCACCCACUCACGCCCUCAGCACCACCACGCACGCCCUCAGCACUCUUCAGCACGCCCUCAGCACUACCCCCUACACGCCCUCAGCACUCCCUACACGCCCUCAGCACCCACGCCCUCAGCACCCUCACACACGCCCUCAGCACCCACUCACACGCCCUCAGCACCCUACACGCCCUCAGCACGCCCUCAGCACGCCUCAGCACCCCUACACGCCCUCAGCACCCCACACGCCCUCAGCACCCACUACACGCCCUCAGCACCACUACACGCCCUCAGCACUCCCACGCCCUCAGCACCCACUACACGCCCUCAGCACUCCCUACACGCCCUCAGCACUCCCUACACGCCCUCAGCACCCUACACGCCCUCAGCACUCCCUACCCUCAGCACCCACUACACGCCCUCAGCACCCACUACACGCCCUCAGCACUCCCUACACGCCCUCAGCACCCACUACACGCCUUCAGCACCCACUACACGCCCUCAGCACCCAACUACACGCCCUCAUCACCAUCACUAUAUAA